CAACGCAUGUCAGAAACACAAGAAUGCAUAUACAAGAAAUCUCCAGUAACGCACACAAGAAACUAAAGAAUACAAGUAUGGUUUUUUUUUAAAAUAUUAGUUAAAACGAAAGAUAUAUGAUCCAUUAAAAAUAACGAAAAAUCAAUUAUCUAGAAAGAUGAAACUUAAAUCUCUCUACUGUUACAUCAAUCUAAACACUCAUAUUUAUGCUAGCACCAUAACAACACUUUAUAGUAUUGUGUAUUGCAAUUGUAUAGGAUCUCAAAUUACUGUCCAGGAAACGUGACCGACUCAUCCGAGGAAAAGCGGAGUGUGUUACAUUAUUAAUACACUUUCCUCACCUAAUCACUCCAUCACACACAAAAAAAAAAAACAUCAGGCAAAAAAAGCAAGCUAAUUAACCAAAGAUUAGAGAGCUAAUACAAUUCUCCCACCAUGGUGACGACGACGACGACGUCGUUGGAGAAAGAUGAUGAUCAGAAUUGCCGAUGCAGCACCAUAACGAUAGAGCAGAGCUUACUGCUUACCCCCACAAAAGCAUCCGCAGCCGACGAUGACGACGACGCCGCCGACGGAUGGGUCUCCGGCGGCGGCGGCGGCGGAGGGACGACGAUGACGUCGAGGGUGUUGUUGGACGAGCUGAAACGAGUAGGCUACUUAGCCGGACCAAUGGUGGCCGUGAAUAUGUCGCAGUAUCUGAUUCAGUUCAUAUCGCUGAUGAUGGUGGGACAUCUGAGCGAGCUCGAACUCUCCGCCACCGCCAUGGCCGUCUCUCUCUUCACCGCUACCGGUGGCAGCAUUCUGAUUGGAAUGUCAAGCGCGCUGGAAACGCUCUGCGGCCAAGCCUACGGCGCCGGACAGUACCGGAAGCUCGGAACCCAAACCUACACCGCCGUCUUCUGCCUCCUCUUAGCCUGCAUCCCCUUAACCCUCCUCUGGCUCAACAUGGAGUCCAUCCUCAUCUUCGUGGGCCAGGACCCAACCAUCUCCCGCGAGGUCGGCAAGCUCCAGAUCUGGCUCGUCCCGUCCCUCUUCGCCUACGCGCUGGCCCAGCCCAUCCUGCGCUACCUCCAGGCCCAGAGCCUCGUCGCGCCCAUGCUCGCGGCGGCUGGCGUCACGGUAUGCUUCCACGUGCCGCUCUGCUGGGGGCUGGUGUUUAAAAGCGGGCUGAGGAACGUCGGGGCGGCGCUGGCCAUGUGUUUGUCGAAUUGGCUGAGCUUUGUGAUCCUUGCCUUGUACGUCAAGUAUUCUCCUUCGUGUGCCAGGACUAGGGUUCCGGUGUCGAUGGAGCUGUUUCGGGAUAUCGGUGUGUUCUUUCGCUAUGCGGUUCCUUCCACGGUUAUGAUCUGCUUGGAAUGGUGGUCGUUUGAGCUUGUGGUGCUGCUUUCUGGUCUCUUGCCAAAUCCUGAGCUUGAAACCUCAGUCCUCUCAGUAUGUCUAAACACCAUUGCAACUUUAUACUCGAUCCCAUUUGGACUAGGUGCUGCGGCCAGCACUAGAGUGUCAAACGAGCUAGGACGUGGCAACCCAGAAGCAGCCCGAGUCUCGGUACGCACCGUCAUGUCCGUGGCAGCGGCCGAGGCGCUUUUAGUGAGCAGCAGCCUCUUCAUGUCCCGCCGCGUCUUCGGCUACAGCUUCAGCGACGAGAAGGAAGUGGUCGACUACGUGACCAAGAUGGCGCCAUUGAUAUGCCUGUCGGUCAUAAUGGACAGUUUUCAGGGUGUUCUUUCGGGUGUAGCCAGAGGUUGCGGAUGGCAGCACAUUGGAGCUUACAUCAACCUCGGAGCGUUUUAUCUGUGUGGGUUUCCGGUGGGGAUUGUGUUAGGGUUUUGGACGAAUCUGAGAGGGAUGGGGCUGUGGAUUGGCGUGUUGGUUGGUGCGGUUGCACAGACUUUGUUGUUGUUUGUUGUGACGAUGUGUACCAACUGGGAGAAACAGGCGAGCAAUGCUAGGAAGAUGAUAGUUGAAGGAUAGCUAGCUAGCUAGGGUGUUUUUUUUGCUUUUGCUGUGAACUAUCUAGCAUUAGCUAGGGGUAAUUUUUAGAAUGUAACUUAAAACUUUUGUGUAUUUAUAUGUUCUUUCAGGAAUAUAAUUAUAUGACAAGAAUUAAAAAGGCAAAACCAUAUGUCUUGGUUGACCCAUUAUUUGUCUUUGAUCAUUGAUUGAGACAUCUCAUCGGCUCGUUGAAUGAGGCGGUUGAUCACCAGUUGAUGAGCUCAACAAAUCUACCGCGAGUCGCGAGCAAGCUAUCACGAGUUUAACAAAUCUUAGCUCGAGCUCUAUACUUGUUAGUAAACGAGCCCAGUUUCGAACAAGUUUCUCCCUAAACCAAAAGUCGAACCGUUGGCGAACAACUCGACUUGUAUGCAGUCCUAGUUUUGACGAGCUGUUUGCUUGGUGCAGUUCCAAGGUUGAGCUUUGAUGCAUUGUGGUUGGCGCAAGUUAUGGACUCCCUUUUGGUCGGGGGAUCUUUUGUUUCUCGCUCGUGUUUCCAUUUCUUCUCUCCGACAUGGUUUGCUUCAUGUUUUGGGGCUCUCAUUCUUGCUCGGAUUUCAAUUUCAAUGAAUAUAUUUAACUCUCUUGUCUUCUUGCAAUGCAACUUCUUGUUUUGUGUAUUACAAAACAAAUCGAAGCUUUUUUAAAGAGUUGGGUUGAUUCACGUGAUGUGAUCCCAGAUGUACGCGGCGCCGGCCGGUAUCCCGCGAAAUCUGUUUCCCACGUGCCCUCGAUCGGCCUCUUUCUCUGCAUUUCCGGCAAGUUUUCCUUUAUUAGCAUUUUUGCCUUGUUCAAAAGUUCACGAAUCUUUCUACCAAAAAAAAAAAAAGGUCAUGAAUCUAAAAGGCACAUAAAUAAAGUGCAUCGUGUGUUUCAUGCACAGUUUAAAGAAUACGUUUGCCUCGUGGGCUUCAUGUUACAGUUUAACAACAUAUAUAUCUGGUUUACCAAAGACCAAUUAUAAUCCAGUCAACCAAGCAAACUUUUGUGGGUUGGGUGACGCGUUGAGGAAAUCUAUACCCCUGUUCAUAAAUGUAGACAUAAUCUAGAGAGGCAUGAUUAUCGAGCCAGUCUCAACACGGUUGACUUUUAUAAUAUAGACUGAAAGUUAUUAUGUGGCAAUUAAUGAAGGAGAACAAAACAUAUAUAUCGACGCCGACACCGAAAUACAAUUGGUUAUAUGCACCUAUUACAAGGUUGUCAACCCGCGGGUCGACCCGGAUUAACCCGGACCCGGCCAAAAAAAACGGGCCAUACCAACCCAUUUUUCAUGUCAGCCCGGAAAUAGUCAAACCCGGAGAAACCCGGUCAAACCCGGGUUGGCCCGGCCGGUUAGCCCGUUGGAGCGUGUCAACGGGUUGCUCUUCUUGAGCCCCAUUGGCCGUUGCGUCGUUUCUGCGGACUCCGCCUCCGCCUUGAAUUUUUAACUAUGAUGGAUUUAAGUUGAUGUUAUGUGAAUGAUUUAAGUGUUGUUGAAUUUUUAUUAUGUUGAAUUUAAGUUGAUGUUAUUUAAGUGUGUUGGAGUUGAAGUAGUGUUGCAUUUUUUAUGUUGGAUUGAGGAUAAGUAUAAUAUAAUUACAUUUUCCAU